AUGACGUCGCUGAGCGAGCCCGAGUUCUCCUUCCUCCCCUCCUCCUCUCCUUCCCUCCCCGACGACCCGCUCUCCCCCUCCCCGUCGCCUCCCCCCUCGUCCUCCAACUGCUCCGUCGCCGACCCCUCCUCCCCUCGCUACAACUUCUACGCCGCGCUGCUGGUGUUGCUGAUCUUCUGCGUGGUGUUCGGCAACGUGCUGGUGUGCGUGGCGGUGCGUGGCGAGCGCGCCCUCCAGACCACCACCAACUACCUCAUCGUGUCCCUGGCCGUCUCGGACCUGCUGCUGGCCACGUUGGUCAUGCCCUGGGGGGUCUACCUGGAGGUAGUUGGUGAGUGGGGGUUUAGUCUGCUCCACUGUGACCUCCUGCUGACCCUGGACGUGAUGAUGUGUACGGCCAGCAUCCUCAACCUGUGUGCCAUUAGCAUCGACAGGUACACAGCGGUGGCCAUGCCCAUGCUGUACAGCACGCGGUACAGCUCCAGGAGGAGGGUGGCGCUGAUGAUCUCCAUCGUCUGGUUCCUCUCCUUCGCCAUCUCCUGCCCCCUGCUGUUUGGACUCAACCACACAGCCAGUAGAGAUGGAAGGAAGUGUAGUUUUGCGGACCCCUCCUUCGUGGUCUACUCCUCCGUGGCGUCCUUCUACGUCCCCUUCAUCGUCACGCUGCUCGUCUACGCUCAGAUCUGUGUUGUCCUGCGGAGGCGGGGCAGACGAGUGUUCAUCAUCUGCUGGCUGCCCUUCUUCCUGACCCACGUGCUGAAGGCCCACUGCGGGACCGCCUGCUGUGUGUCCCCCUCCCUCUACAGCUCCGUCACCUGGCUGGGCUACCUGAACAGCGCCGUCAACCCCGUCAUCUACACCACCUUCAACAUUGAGUUCAGAAAGGCCUUCCAGAAGAUCCUCCACUGCUGA